GUUGAGUGAACCCCGGGAGGGUGGAGGAGCGAUGGCUGGGGAUUUGGUGGGACUCACACUGAUGCACGGCAGUUCAAAACACAAGAUUGAAAUUUCUGCAGGACAGGAAGGAUGUGAACCUACGUUACAGGACAUGGCAACAGUUAUUGCUCAAGUCACUGGGGUACCUCAGCAACUGCAGAAACUAAUCUUUAAAGGUAAAUCUCUUAAAGAGAUGGAACAACCUUUGUCCGUUCUUGGUGUUAAAAAUGGCUGUAAAAUAAUGAUGAUUGGUAAAAAGAACAGCCCUGAGGAGGAAGCUGAAUUAAAGAAGUUAAAGGAGCUGGAAAAAUCCACAGAUCAAUUAUCACAUAAACUGGAAGAAAUUAAUGCAGAGCUGACAGGCAUUCAGAAUGGGUUCCUAGCUCAGGAUCUUCAAUCUGCUGCUUUAACCAAGUUAGAGAAGAAAGUGAAGAGCAUAUCUGAACAGUGUAUGAAGUUCCUUGAACAGAUUGAUGCUAUGAGUUUGCCUGAUGACUUUAGUGACUGCAGACAUAGGAGGAAAGGUCUAGUAAAGAACGUUCAGACUUACUUGGCUCAGUGUGAUGUCAUUGAAACACAUAUCUCACAGGAACGAGAGAAACUUCAAUCAAAGAACCUUGCUCUUGCUGACUGAUUUUAUGGAAAAUAAUUGAGAAUUAUAAUAGUAAGGAACCAUCCUGUUCAGAUUUUACUAUUUAAUGUAAAGAACUUUUAAAUUAUUUACAAACUGGUGUAAAUGAUGAUUUGGAGAACAGAAACUUUGUAAUAAUGGUAACCAUUGCCUUCUAGGACAGAAACAUGUUUAUUCUGAAUUCUCUCUCACAUUGUCACUCCAGAAUGUUCUCUAUUACUACAAAGACACCGGGUUGUUUUUAAACACUUGGGGGUCAUAAGUUCAAGUAUUAAUGGACAUACAUGGCACGGAAAUAAAUACAUUGUUUUUUUGUACUCUGGCAGUAUGUCAUGCUUGCAUGUGGUAGUCAGUCAAAAUGCAAUCUGCAUUCCUUAAUAAAUUACUUAAUUUCA